AUGGGCUCAAUCCAGAGGCAGGACUCCUUUGAUGAGAACGGCGACUUGAUCAACCUCGCCGACGAUGUCGUUCUGGAGGCGCCUACUCUCACCAGCGAGGAGAUGGAACGUGCCAGGAGGGAAGCUCUGGAGAUACUGAGAAACAACUCCCCUGAAGAGGCUUUCAGGAUUUUCACCCAGGGUUUAACAGGGCAGGAGGUUCAGAGCCCCGUGGUGGGCAACGCUAGUACCAAUCAGGCCGUGGCGAACGUCCCUCCUCCCAAGGCCGGCGACGGCAAAACCGCACCGCCUCCCCCGAGCAGCUGA